AUAAAGUUCGAAUCUACAACUCCUCCGCCUCCUUCCCUCGCAACGAUUGCAACAAUACCCUAUGAGCUGGCCCCGCCACCUCAGGUCACUUACACAAAUGGGAAUGGGUCGAGCAUUGAUCCUAACUCUAGCAGCCCAGCCCAGACAUUUUCAUCUCCUGUGACUCAUUCACUCGCACGAUGCGAUGUUAGCCCUACUCCAACAAACAACUUUGACCCAAGUUCAUUCCACAAUACUUUCCCUUCAGUUGUGCCAGGCCUACAUCACUGGGACCCCAAUUAUACUACAGCAUCCACAACAGCCAGUUAUCUUACGUAUCCUAGUGCCACAAUUGAUCCCAUGUCAUGGUUAGGCACCAUUGGAGAGCAAUACUCCCAGUUCUUUAACCAGCCAUACCAAUCUAAUAUAUUCCGAGAUCGAAGGCUGAGCUAUGAGGAACAUGCAGAACUUAUGGAUACCCUCGGUCACGAUCUACCAGACAUCUCACAACUAGCUGAAGAAACAGCUACGUUUUACACUCCUAGCAUGGUACCUUAA